GCCUGAGCCAACAUGGCGGCGCCCGUGUAACACAGUCCGUACCGCGAAGGCGACGGCGGCUGUGGCGCGGGUCCCUUGAGGGUCAGAAGUCACCAUGCUGAGGGUGGCGUGGAGGGCGCUGAGUUCGAUUCGAACCCAGGCAGUGACCCAGGCCCCAGUCCUCGGGCUGCCGGGCGGAGGGUGCGCCAAGUUUCUCUCCGUCCAGCGGGACCUUCCCUCAUGUCCGGGAGGUCUUAUCCUCCCGGUCGCCCGCGGAUAUGCCACUCAGAAACCAGUCCAGCCCAGCCAAGUUGAUGACCUGCCCCCUUCCAUGCUGCUCAAGGACUACCAGAACGUCCCUGGAAUUGAGAAGGUUGAUGAUGUCGUGAAAAGACUCUUAUCUUUGGAAAUGGCCAACCAGAAGGAGAAGCUAAGAAUCAAGAAAGAGCUGUUGAUGAACAAGAUCGUGGAAAACCCUAAGGACACCAGCUCUCUGGAGGCUCGAAUUGUUGCCUUGACUGUCAAGAUCCGCAGUUAUGAAGAACACAUGCAGAAACAUCGAAAGGACAAAGCCCACAAGCGCUAUCUGCUGAUGAGCAUUGACCAGAGGAAAAAGAUGCUCAAAAACCUCCGCAAGACCAACUAUGCUGUCUUUGAGAAGACAUGCAGGGAGCUGGGGAUUGAGUACACCUUUCCCCCUAUGUACUACCGAAAAGCCCACCGCCGCUGGGUGACCAAGAAGGCUCUGUGCAUUCGGGUUUUCCAAGAGGCUCAAAAACUGAAGAAGCAAAAAAGGGCCUUAAAACAAGGCCAGAAGAACCCAGAGAGCCCUUCCAAAGCCGGACCAGAAGCCAUCAAAGAAAAUCAAUAAAUGUUGUUGAAGU